AUGAGCGACACAAACCUAAGUGCAGUGUCUAAGUUGUUUGUAGGGGACACGGCAAACCAGCACAACACAACACAACACAACACAACACAACACAACGCAACACAACACAACACAACGCAACGCAACGCAACACAACACAACACAACACAACACAACACAACACAACACAACACAACACAACACAACACAACACAACACAACACAACACAACACAACACAACACAACACAACACAACACAACACA